AUGUCAGAUAUUGGUGUAUCCAUGCCUGAGUCGGAGCGACAUAGACUAAAACCAUUUGAAAAACACGCUUAUGAGUCUUCUGACAGGUCUAAAAGGAAAAAUGCUGGAAAUUAUGAGCAAAAAGUUGGUCCAACAAAUCCAGAUGAGAAGUUUAUCUCACCGGGAGAGAAGUCAAAUGUAGCCGAAACAAUAGGUCCGGCUAUGAUAUUUCUGCCUGCUGGAACAAGCCAGGAGGAGUUGGAUGCUGCAUUGGCUUCUACCAAAUAUGGAGUUGCUUUGACUGGGGCUGCGGCAACUGGCGCAUUGGGACCGAUUGUAGGGUUAGUGGACCUUCGUGAAUGGGAGGAUUCGUACUACUUUCGUGUCACCCUUCCUGGAGUAUCACAGGAUAAACAAGACUUCAGUUGUGACAUUGAUGCUGAUGGAAAAGUGCUAAUCAAAGGGAUAUCAACCACAGGUGAGAAAGUAGUACAAAGGGGCUCUCUAACCUUCACUAUGGUGACACAAAAUCUCUGCCCGCCGGGAGAAUUCACCGUUUCGUUCGAGCUACCAAGUCCUGUCAAUACCGAAGAAGUUACUAGUCAUUUAGCUGACGGGAUGCUUGAAGUCAUGGUGAAGAAAAGGUAAUUGAGAAGGCUCAGAGAGCAAUGGAGCACAAUGGUAAUGGCUGUUUCUUUGAGUACAUUCAAUGUGGUAAAACCUAUACCAUAGACUUUGAGCAUGAGUUUAGAAAAUGUGUACAUCCCAACAUGAAAACUUUGGUACUUUGGUGUUUAAUAUGUAUUUAUUUUCUCCGAAA